AUGAUAAAACACUUAAAGUGCUGCGUUAAAGAAUUGGAAAUGCAUAAAUAUUUGCGAAUGAUAAAAAUCACAGAAACAAAAUGUGAAAAAUUCGCUUGUAGGCAAAAAGAAUCAUUUGAACACUUGUCAUGUGAAGUAAACAGCAACAAAAUAAAUGAUGAUAGUCGUAGAUUUAUCAAAGACAUGACAUAUUACCAUUUGAAUAUAGCGAAUUCCAACCAACGAAUAGAUGUGUAA